UGGAUAUCACUAACUCGGAGCGGUAUUUGCAAAACUAAGGAAACAAUUUGAGUCGAAUUCAUAAUGAUGAAGUAUAUCGUUGCCAUUGCAUUCAUUGCAACUGCUGUCCAAUCCUUACCAAUUGAAUUGGGUCACUAUGGUCAUGGACAACUUAUCCAUGCUGCUCCCGUCCUAGCUCAUGCCCAUGCCGAACCUGUGGCAUAUCCCAAAUACUCCUUCAAUUAUGGCAUUAAGGAUCCUCACACCGGUGAUAUUAAGUCACAAACUGAAGAACGUGAUGGUGAUGCUGUCAAAGGUCAAUAUUCAUUGGUCGAAGCUGAUGGUUCAGUCCGAACUGUGGACUACAGUGCCGAUGAUCACAAUGGAUUCAAUGCCGUCGUUCAUAAGACUGCACCAGCAGCACAUGCAGCUCCUAUUCAUGCAAUUCAUGCGGCUCCAAUUUAUGCGCAUGCUCCCGCUCCAGCUCUGUUACAUCAUUAUUAGAGAGAAAAUAAAAACAACACUAAAGGAGAUUAAAAUACAUCUUGGCUAGAUGUAAGAUCAAACGAAUUUGAAGAAGACUUGUAAUAUCUUGAGUGUGGUUUGUAGAUUAGCUGGUUAAGUUUUAAGAAGAAUUGUCUAUUUUAUAGAUUACUUUCAUUUCAUUUUAUUAGCCUUACAAUUGAAUAGCUCAACCACAUUUAUGAGUGUAGAAUGUU